AUGUCAUAUUGUGCAUUGCGUCAACGCAAUUUUAAAUUAGCUUUAACAAAAUUAAAUGAAAUACGUCAACAUCUUGAUUUAUGUCAAAAUCUAUUAAUAAGAUCAAUAUAUUGGAAUGAAAUAUAUUGUGAUGUAUAUUUAAAACGUCAUCAAAUACAAUCAUCAACAUCAACAUUAUCAAGUUUAUUAUCAACAACAAAAGAAAAUAUUCUUAGUCGUGAUUAUAAUGAAUUAGCAAGUAUAUGUGAUGAUUAUUUACGUCGAUUUGAAAAUAAUGAAGAUGAAAAUAAUUUAUUAACAAAUUUAUUUAAUGGUGAUCAUGGAAAUAAAAUAGCUGAAUUAAUUGUUAAAUCUGUUUUAUUAUCAAUGAAAUAUGGUUCAAAUGAAGGUAUUAAACGUUUUUCACGUUUAUUACAAAUUGUUGAUUUAUAUCCAAAAACAAUGGAUUUAAUUGCUGAUAAAUUACAAGAAAUUCCUUGUUGGAUGUUUUUUGAUUGUUUAUAUCAAAUAACUGCAUAUUUAGAUAAACCAAUUGCGCUUAAAUUAUAUUCAGUAAUUGAACAAAUUGUAAAACUUUAUUCACAAUCAAUAGUUUAUCCAUAUAAAUUAAGUUAUGAAACAUUACAAUAUUCAAUUCAAGAUCCAAUAUUAAAACAAAAUCUUGAAUUAAUUCAACAAGAAUUAAAUCAUUAUACACCACUUGUUAAUGAAUUUAUUGAAGCAUUAAAUCAAUUAAAUUCUCAACAACAAUUUGAUACAUGGUCAAAAGAAUUAUUUCAUUUAUUAACAUCUGAUUCAAAUACACGAGAUAUUAAUAAACUUCAAGAACAUUUAAUUAAAUUUAAACAAAUACUUUUUUCUGAUAUAAUUAAUCUUGAUGAAACAAAUGACGAACAAUUAAUAUUAUCAAAUACACAAGAUAAUAAUGAUAUAGAUGAUAAUACAUUAUUAAAACCUAAAAUAACAUCAAUAAGAAUAUUAUUUAAAAAUGCUGUUAAAAAAGAAUUUAAUGAUUUAUUUGGUAAAAAUGGGGAAUUAUUAUCAACAAUAUCAUUAAGUGAUACACGUUUAAUAUUAGGUAAUAUAUCAUUAAAAUUAAAAAAUAUUAUACAAGAUAAAACAAAUAUAAAUAAUUAUUCGACAUGGUUUUCAUCAACAUUUCGACAACAAAAUCUAAAAAAAAAAUCAUUAAUUGAACAUCAUAUUAAAAUUGUUGGUUUUGAUGAAAAACUUUUGGUACUUCAUUCAUUACGUUUACCAAAACGUAUAACAAUACGUGAACAUGAUGAAAAUGAUUAUAGAUUUUUAAUUAAAGCUGGAAAAGAUAUACGACAAGAUCAACGUAUUGAAGUUUUAUUUUCAAUUAUGAAUGACCUUUAUGAUAAUGAUCCAAAUUGUAAUCAAUCAAAUUCAGCUCAUAUUGCUGUACGAACUUAUAAAGUUAUUCCAAUGUCAUCAAAAUUGGGUAUAAUCGAAUGGCUUGAUAAUACACGUCCAUUAAAAGAUCUUAUUGAAGAAUCAUAUGACAAUAAUGAACUUAAUAUAAUAACAAGUCAAGGUCAACAUUCAAGAAAAUUUUAG